AUUUUUAUAUCAAUUCAAUUUGAAUCAAUUCCACCGCCAAAGUUCCAAUGUCUCUCGAAACCACAGAGCUUGCUUGUACUUCUGCUCCUGAUGAUAUUUUGCAUCUCAUAUUCCAGGAACCCCAUCCUGUAACUCUAAUCCGUGAAGCGCGAUCUCCAGAUGGUGGUAGCAUUUGGGUUUUUCAAGAUUCCAUCAUCGCCCAAGAUGCACAGAUCAGUGGUUCUCCGAUGACAUGCUACUAUGUAGACAAAGACCCAGGUUUCCAGAAGGGACCCACAGUACGUUUUGAAGUUUCGAUGUUCAUUUGUAUUAGCUAACAAAUCGAAGAUUCAUGUUCUUUACAUGAAUGAGGAUAGACAACUGAUGGAGAAAGUCAAGCAUUUAGAGGGGGGAACACCAAUUUGGACGGAUGUCAAGGUUCCUGACGACAUCAAGAAACGUCCAGAUCUAAUCUCAAGAUUGACAGGUGGAGCAUUCAACGGGAAUAGCGGUUGGAGUGUGAAUGGGUCGCAAUGGGUUUACUUUACACAGUGAGUUAUAAUUAAUAUAUAUCUUAAUUUUGUGAAUUUGACUAAAUCCAAUAAAAGAGGACAAGAUGGCCAACUUGGGAUUGCUGAAAUUCGACGUUCAGGAGGGAAAGAUUGGUAUUUCCAGAGAAUUCUCCAUGAGAAACAGGGCGAGCUGCUUCAGGGAACUUCUCUAGCCUGCAUGAUCUCGGAAAAGAACAUCAAAGUGGAUCCUCCAUUUUCCCCUAUGUCCAUAUCUAUUCCUAAAUGCACUCACUUACCUACUAUUCAGGUAUUCUUCCAGCAUCAUGACGGCAGCAUCUGUCUGUAUGAGUAUAAGGAUGGGGAUUGGCAUGGUAAGAAAUGUUUCCGUGCGAAAGUGACAAUGAUUCUUAAGCUAAUUGUUCUACAGAUCAAGGCGUCUACGUCAAGAAAGAGGAGGUUCAGCCUCCAUAUCAAAACCCAACACCACUUGCCUGCACCAUGACCAAGAACGGAUGUAUUCAUCUAUUCUUUGCUGGCUUUGACAAGAAUAACAAGCACAAGAUCAGGCACUAUAAGGAUGGUAAGAAACAGGAAGAUGUGACCGACUUCUUCUCAGGCUCGAAAUUGGGCUGCACAUCAGACAAUAAUGAGGUUACCUUGUUCUACAGGAAGAAGCAACCUAAGAACGAUGUGGGCACAAUGGUGUAUUCGGACGGGAAAUGGAAGGAUGGUGCUAUUGUUAUCCCUGCAUGACUUGAGGCAAAUUGAUGGAUGAUGAGAAGGAUCUUUUUCAUAUUGAUCUUCAGGACUUCUACUCAAAAAAAAAGUUGAUUAUAUUUCCUUUCAAAACGUACCACAGCCAAUCUACUUAUGUCAAAAUCCACACUACUAGCAAGUUUGCUCUCCAGUAAUUAGUUAUCAGU